AUGUCUGAUGAAAGGAGUUUCGCCAUAGAAUUGUUGAGAGGGAGUAUAUCUCCUAUAGAUAAUCUAAGAAAUUCGGCAACAAAGCAGAUACUGGACCUGGAAAAAAACGAGUCUUUUCUUCUUACACUGUUGGAGAUAACAACUUCCUCUGAUGUAGAAUUGGCAAAGCUAGCCUUUGUAUGCUUGAAGAAUGCUCUCUCUAAAAUUUGCGCAUCGAGCAAGGUACUAAAUCCAACAACUGGUCAAUCAGGAAUCCACUCAUAUAAUUCCAUUUUACUGAUAGUAAAGGAAGGAGUAGUUUCUAUUUUAAACAGCAAGUUUGAAAAUGACCUAUUGGUGCCAAAAGAUUUUGCCUUGCUAAUAAGAAAGAUUUGUAGAUCCGAAUAUCCACUAAACUGGAUAGAACUACAUGAAACUCUACAAUCCAAGCUGGAAUUUCUAAUAACUAACGAUGAAAAUAAAUAUAAGCUGUUCAAUGUGAUCUUUGUUACCUACCAUAUCUUUAAGGAACGGACAUCCAUGAGACUUUUCAAAGAUAGAAAUAUAACAAUCAAGCUGUCUGAUCAUUUUUAUCCAUACAUUUCCAAAUUAUGGGUUAAGCAGUGGAUUGAUCGGUGGAAGAGUGGAUCCUUACAGGACAAUAUUUUUUUAAAUGCACCUGAUGUUCAUGAAUUGAAUACUAGCCUAUAUUUAGACAGCAUUAUUUUAAACCUAUAUAGCUAUGGAUUAAGAGAAAUUUAUAAAGGUGAAGAAUUUCUAGAGCUUUUGAGAUAUAUAUUUUUAAAAGUUAAGGUACAUUUUCACCUAAUAAAGAUUCAGAAGUGUUUCGUUAAAAAUCUCAAACGAUUGCUGAAGGGUUUAAUACAACUGAUAGAACAUGAACCUAUGUCGUUUGUAUUUUUAGAUUUUAGCGUUAUUCUAAAUGAAGUAUUUGAUAGCUUAUUAGUAAGCAUUGAUGCAUCAAUUGAGGAACAAUGUUUGUUAUUACUUACUGCACUUUUCACUUCACCUGUUAUGAAUAAUGAAAGGUACGCCAAUGAAUACUUUGAAUAUUAUAACAAUCUGCCCACAAUACCAUCAUCAAUUGCUCCAAUUUCUUAUCCUGCAUCAAAUACUAAGAAGUCCGGAGAUGGUAAUUUUGUAUAUUAUAAAACAUUUGAUGAAAUGAAAAUGGCCUUGGAAUCUCCAAACCCUGUAAAGUUAUCUUUAUCACCAAAACCAUCUAGCAGCCCCCUGAAAGGCCCUAAUCAACCGCCUGCAAACCUAUCAGAAAAGAUGCAAAGGCAGGUAACGUUUAUGUUGUACGAAUGUAUAUCUUCGAGGGGUGGUUUUGUGCAAUUUAUAGAAUUUUUGCGUAAAAAAUAUCUAAAACUUACACAAGACAAGGUUGAGGAAUGGGCAAAUGAGGAUAUAGUACCUGUGGAUCCACCUUUUAUUAAUUCAAUCACGGAAUUAAUAUCAGCUAUGAAUAUUAAUAUGAUUUCAAUUUUUAAUUAUACCUUCAAUGGAAUAGUGGAAUCUGAUGACUUUUUAAAUCGUGAUUCUUUCAUUCAACUAUAUUUGUUGACGUUUCAAGAUUUAUCAAAUUUCCAUUCUUACAAACAUUAUAAUGCCAUAUUGUCAACAGUGAAAAUGAUACUUAAUAAUAUUCAAGGUCCCUGUGCAAAGCUUCUUAUAUAUAGAUGUAGCAGAAUGUUAAAUCUCUGGUCUAAAAAAAAUUUAUUAGAUGGAGAGGUAAAAAUUGAGUUGCUAAAAUUUUUGGUAAAUUGUAUGUUUUCUGAAGGGGAUUCAGAAUUUUCCAUUAAUCUCAGAACACAGCAUUUAAUUCCACUAUAUAACUUAAAUUUAAAGACUCAAGAUGAAGAAAUGUGGACAAUUCUUUUUAAGGAGAUAAAUAUGCAGUCAUUCAUUACCAAUCUUUUGAGUGUUGCUAAGACUGAUAUACCAGUUAUACAAAAUAGAUGUUUGGAACUUGUUUGCAAACUUUGUAUGGAAUUUGACGAGUACAACGAUCUCAGCACUAAUCUGUUAUCAAUUAUAUCUGUAUAUGGGAGUGCCACUUCCAGCAUGCAGCUGAUGGAACCAAUAUUAACUACGUCUCUAGGAUUUGUAAAUACUUUGGACUGGCAAAAAUGUUUUAGUGACGACAUGUAUAUUAAUCCACAUUUUCUCCGUUACUUGUUAUCACUUUUAUCAGAAACUCUUGUCUUUCAGAAUACCGGUCAAAGAAAGAUUAUACUAUCUAUUUCGAAAUAUGCACUGAUGGAAGAUUCUACUCUUAUAUUAUGGUUGUCUAUACUUCGAAUUUUACCUCGAAAGGUGUAUCGUUUGGAUAAAACAAUUGUGCAAAAUAUUUUUAUAUUAUUUCCGAUAUUUGUGGACUUUCUUAUUGAGCCACAACCAUUUGGAGAUUCUAUUAAAAUCAGAGCGUUGCUUUUGCCAUCGUUGGCCAUUGAUAUAGUAGCUGAAUAUUUGGCCCUGGUUGUUGAUUUGGAAAUUGGAAAAUUAUCUUCCGAUAACGAAUCUAAAAGUAUAUUUUCUACCAAAAUAUCUAAUAUCAAAAAUGACAUUUUUUACUGUCUGGAUGGACUUGAAAUAAACUUAUCAAAUAUCCAAAAACUGGCGAUUUACUGUAUGCAAAAUUCAAAUGAUGAAGAAAUAAUUUCAAGUUCUUUACAAUGCUUUAACAAUCUAUUUUUUGGUUUCAGAAGCUUGUGUAUUGGGACGGCAGACCUUACACAAAUAAUUGGAAUAUUUUGGAAACGACUAGUGGAUUGUUCAACUAUUGAGCCUGAACUAGAAGUUAGGCCUGGUUAUAUGUCUUGUCUAACGGACGGAACUCCGCCAAAUGGAAGUGAAAAAUGGCAAUAUAUGAAACUACCAAAAACGAAGUAUGCAUUGGUUGAGAAGAUAUUACCUACCGUAUGCCGCCUUAUGUUUGAUUCUUCAUCAAUUUUUUCUGAGGUGUUUUUGGACAUAUUCCAGCGCGAUUCAUCAUCUUUUGAUUCGGUUAUACUGGCUAUAACAAACAUUUUCAGCCAAGUGAAGCACAAUAUAUAUCUACAGCUUGGGUCCAUAAUUUGCACAUGUAAUCUCCUUACUUCCAUUUCCAGCAAGUACAAGGUUAAGGCAUUUAUUCAAGUUCAAAACAUGGCAAAUAUUCCGAGCGAUACGGGUUCUCAGAAUCCUCUUGGGUUUUCUAGCGGAUCAUGCAAACCUCACGCAAACUUUUCCGGAGUAUUUCUGCCAUGUCACUUUUUGAGGAUCAUAAAUUCGAUUUUUGAAUCAACCAGUACAAAGGCCUUUAAGAACUUUUCAAGACCGAGUGUUAAUGAUGAAAAACUGUACAAUAAUAUACACAUACCUCCCUCCAGCCGGAUUCAACUACUCACGAACAUAUCUACAACACACAAGGAUAUAACAUCGUCUAUAGAUUCGACUCCAACAGAGAUUUUCAAUGGGGCUUUACAAUCUGCUAUUUAUUCGAUUGUACAAGUUACUAAAGUGUUGAGUAGAUUUGACAAUGGCAUUACGAAGGAGUUACUUUACACGGAAAUGCAGACUAUAUACCCGCAAAUUAUGCGAAUUGUCACAGAUUGUUGUAAUACGAGCAAUUUGUAA